GUUCACAGAUAACGAGGAAGCUCAAGGCGCCAGUCCUUUGCCGCUACGGGCGGAGCUUCCCGAGCAACGGUGGAACGGCCAAUGUACUGCUGAGACGCGAGAGAGCUUGACAGAACACGGGCCAAACGAAUGAGCUGGGAAACGGACUUUAGAAAGAGCUUUACGAACGGAAGAAUCCAUUGCGCUUUCCACCAUAAAAAAUAGUACUCUCAUUUCGAAGUGUAAAGUAUGGGUAACGAGGCUGAAAGUUUAAAACCCAAAACAAAUAGAUGGGUAUCACAUUAAAUAAUGAAUCGAAAGAAUCGAGUAUCGAGUGCGUUAAGAGUGCUUUUUUGUUGUCCUUCCAUCGUAACGCUUGCCUAAGGAUCGCGAAGCUGACGAUGUGCGUACGAUCAACGACAUGCAAAAAAUGAUAAAACUAUGAGCUCCUAAAAGGCUGAAAAGCUUUUUCGUUGUUAUCAUUCUUGACGGAUUCUUCUCCGCGUAAGCUCGUUCGUUUGUGGCGCAGCUUUUUUAUCCCGCGAGAGUCGAGCACACCGGGGCCGAUGCUGCUUCUACUUCAGAGGGUACCGGAGCAGGAGUGCAAAAGAGAAUAAGCGAGAGGACGGGAGAAGGAGAGAGAGAGAGAGAGAGAGAGAGAGAAAUAUUCGAGAGAUACUGGAACGUGCGUGCUACGUCUGAGCGCGAGUCUCGCUGUCCGUUUGUGUGUGUGCAUGUGUGUGUGUGUGUGUGCGUGCGUUUGUGUGUUUGAAUAUGUGUAAGCUUGCGUGCUCGAUGAAAAAAGUCUCUACCGUCGGGAAAAGCCCAAUAAAAUAGAUCACACUUUGACUUGUGCGCUCGCUUAACUGCCUCGGGCGAACACGAACGAAUCCCUCGCCUAAUAAAUUCACGCAUACGUGAGUUAUCGCGAAUUAGGGGUGGCUUUGCCCCGAGACAACCAUCGGCAAAUUAAUAAUUGAGGCGCUAUGAGUGCAUGAAAAACAUACGAAUUACAAACGAGCGAGAAACGAAGGAGAAGAAAUAAAUAAAAGAAAAGCAUGAGUCAUGAUAUCGACGAGUAAACGCGAGGGGCGAAAAGUGAUGGGGGAUGUUGAUGAUGACGAUGAUGGAAAAAACGAAAAAGAGUGAAGCCUCGUAUUUUCUUCGUACAUGUAAAUUUACACAUUUAUCAGCGAAAAGAAACGCGAGAGAGGGGGAGAGGGCGCAAGAGAAAAAAUAGAAGGGACGUGCAAGUGCGGAAAGAUCUGGUUUUUUACCUCGCGAAAGUGAAAGGUGAGAAAUGCAUAGAUUAAUUCAACGACAUGGGAAGACGGCUGGAAAAUCUACGAGACACUCGCGGUGUCGGCUUCCGUAAAGUUCAUCGAAUAGGAAAACAGAUUAAAACAUAUACGAGAGAAAUAGAAAAUUUCCAUCGACGCCCGUCUAGGAAUAGCGCGCACAGAAGUUCGUCGCAGAAUUUAGUGUUUACCGUGUGUGCGUGCGUGCGUGCGUGUGCUUUGUACGUUGAAAAAUAAAAGGGGAAAUAAAAAAUUGGAAUAAACCACGCGUUCAUAAAUACUUGAAUAAAUACAAAUUCGUUGGGAUUUGAUGUAUUGAGACGUGUAGAAUCCAACCCUUUUUGUAUCCGAGUUAAAUAUUCAAUGCUAAUCCGGACCAAUAUAAUUUGCCCGCGAACAAUUUAAGGGAUCGGAAAGUUCGUGGAGUUUUUUAAAAUAAAUAUUUUAAGGCAAAUUCCAUGGGGUGAACGAAGAGAAAUCGUGGCGUCGAUAAACAUGCUUCGAGCAACGAGGAAUCGUACGUGAAAACUGUUCGAAUGAGCCGAGUCUUUUUUUACAUCGUCAUCUCGAGGCAGAGCUUCAGGGUAAAUGCACUAACACUAUAGAAGCUAGAUAUACUCACACGCACGCCGAAUCACACAGCUGAAAAACUUUUUUCUCCUCCUUUUCCAUUCUCGUGGGGAAGCGAAGAUAGUAAAAGCGGAAAAGAGAGAAGGAGAGAGAGCAAGGGAGGAAGACGGAAUGACAGAAAAAGUGUGGAGACGAGAAAGACAAAGUUGGUACAUCUAUUUAUAAUAUAUAAAACGGUGAAUCAACCCGGAGAGCGAACAGUGCGCCGGGCGAUCUCGGAGGGUGUAGAGAGUCGAGUUCAUCAUCGUCUCGUUCCUGCUUCUCGUGGUCUCGGUUUUCUCAAAAAAAAAAAAAAAAAAAAAAAAAAAAAAAUUCCUCCUAACCCCAUGGAUUACUGAUUUCGAUUUUCCUCCUUGAAAUUCAACACAUUUAUUGAUCGGAAGAGGCUGAAGGGUUUUACUGUUAGGAAUAAAAAGUGAACAAGUCAGCGCGACUUUCGUCAUCGGAAGUGGAUGAAUGCAUUAUUAAUGAAGUGAUCGAACUGCGGGAGUGCGUGGCGCCUUCGUGCUUUCUAACCCUUGACGCACAGCCCGUACUACAGGAAGGGUUCGAGACGCCCCACCCCUUCGUAAACACUAUUUUUCGAGUGGUUACGAAACGAGCUUAAUGUCGAAUCUUUGGAAACGACGAGCAGUGGAAACUUAAGGAUCGCGUAUUGCAGCCGAAGAAAAAGACUGAUUCAUAUGUGCAUACACAUAUAAACGAAUAUCACGGAUAUGACGCGUGGAACCGCCCGGACCACGUGAUAGAGCGUACAUAUAUGACGCUAUAUAUGUACGCGAGGAUCUUUCGUCGAGGGACCAAAAAGCCCUUAUAAUCGUCAGGAGGAUGCGCUCUGGAACGAAGCUCGUAAAGAUAAUCUCGCCGUAGCAUGCCAAGGAGGUGGGCGAUCAGGAGGAGACGCGUCGCUCUGAUCCGGGGUCGAUCGCUCGUUUGGGUUGAUCGACCGUGGCGAUUAAAGGAAGUCGUUAGAAGGAACACGAGUGGACGUGAUUGGGACAAUAAGAUAACAAGAAAUAUAACGAGAAGAAGACCGAAGCCGCGGGACAGGAGAACCGAGCAAAUUGAUACGAGCGACCGAUGAACACGGGGAAUGAUAAUGGUGACGUUUCGGGUCCCGGUGUUGCGGUCGGUAACGGGGCCCGUGUCACUAAUUAUUCAAACAUCGGCCAAACACCAACUGCUGAAAACAACAAUGCCCCAAGUACGAACGAGACACCGAUCAACGAUCCUACCGGGGCCAAUAAUGCGCUGCAACCUGCUGAAUCAAAAGCGGCCGCGGCUGCCGCAGCGGAGAAAAAACGUCCCGCGAGAAGGGGCAAACCUCCACCGGACCGACCUGUCAGAGCUCUAUUUUGUUUACCACUCAAAAAUCCAUUGAGGAAGUUGUGCAUCAGUAUCGUCGAAUGGAAACCUUUCGAAUGGGUUAUUCUAACAACUAUAUUCGCUAACUGCGUGGCUUUGGCCGUUUACACUCCAUUUCCUUGCGGUGAUUCGAAUCAGACGAAUCUGUACUUGGAAAAAAUAGAAUACAUCUUCCUCGUUGUGUUUACCCUCGAAUGCGUGAUGAAGAUUAUUGCAUACGGAUUCGUGGCCCAUCCUGGCGCUUAUCUUCGAAACGGAUGGAACAUGCUGGAUUUUACAAUCGUUGUCAUAGGCAUGGUCAGUACAAUAUUGACGAUAUUGAUAAAGGAAGGCUUCGACGUGAAAGCUCUGAGAGCUUUCAGGGUCUUACGACCACUUCGUCUCGUCUCAGGUGUUCCAAGUCUUCAGGUCGUUCUCAAUUCCAUUCUUCGGGCUAUGGUGCCGUUGCUCCACAUUGCUCUUCUCGUACUCUUCGUCAUCAUAAUCUACGCUAUAAUUGGCCUCGAGCUCUUCUCCGGAAAGUUGCAUAAAACUUGUCGCAGCAAUCUCACCGAGGAAAUGAUGGAAGACCCACAUCCGUGUGGCGAUCAGGGUUUCCAGUGCAGCAGCCUUGGCGAUGAAUAUUAUUGCAGUCGUCGGUAUUGGGAAGGUCCAAACAAUGGUAUCACCAAUUUCGAUAAUUUCGGACUUGCGAUGUUGACCGUCUUCCAAUGUGUUACUCUCGAGGGAUGGACCGACGUACUUUACGACAUCGAAGACGCAAUGGGGAGUACGUGGCAGUGGCUCUACUUCAUUUCCAUGGUGAUUCUUGGGGCAUUUUUCGUCAUGAAUCUGAUUCUUGGUGUGUUGUCCGGAGAAUUCUCCAAGGAAAGAGAGAAAGCAAAAGCUCGUGGCGACUUUCAUAAACUCCGGGAAAAACAACAGAUCGAGGAUGACUUAAGGGGCUACUUGGACUGGAUCACUCAAGGCGAGGAUAUCGAUGCGGAGGCUGAUGAAAUGACCCAAAUGCAAGAUGGAAAACCCAAACAACAGAGCGAGAUGGAAAGCACGGAUCGGCUGGAAGGUGAUGAGGAAGGAAUGCAGCAGGAAUCCACGUGGAAAAGAAAAAAACGAGAUUUUGACAGGGUGAAUCGACGAAUGAGAAGAGCGUGUCGGAAAGCCGUAAAAUCUCAAGCAUUUUACUGGCUCAUCAUAGUUCUGGUGUUUCUAAACACAGGGGUAUUGGCAACCGAGCAUUACAGGCAACCAGACUGGCUGGACGAGUUCCAAGAUUACACGAAUACGGUUUUCAUUGCUCUGUUCUCCAUGGAGAUGUUGCUCAAAAUGUACAGUUUGGGAUUUCAGGGCUACUUCGUGUCGCUUUUCAACCGCUUUGAUUGCUUCGUCGUGAUCGGCUCAAUCAGUGAAAUGAUAUUGACCAACACCGAAAUCAUGCCACCUCUCGGUGUAUCCGUACUCCGCUGUGUCCGAUUGCUUCGUGUCUUCAAAGUCACAAAGUACUGGCGAUCUUUGUCCAAUUUAGUAGCAUCCUUGCUCAACUCGAUACAAUCGAUCGCCUCGCUUCUCUUGCUUCUCUUCCUUUUCAUCGUUAUUUUUGCACUUCUGGGAAUGCAGGUGUUCGGUGGUAAAUUCAAUUUCGACGAUCUUCAGGAUAAAUCACGAAGCAAUUUCGACAGCUUUUGGCAGAGCUUGCUGACAGUAUUUCAGAUUUUGACCGGUGAAGAUUGGAACGCAGUUAUGUACGUGGGAAUUCGAGCGUACGGGGGUGUCGCGAGCCACGGAAUUCUCGCAUGCGUUUAUUUCAUAAUUCUCUUCAUUUGCGGCAAUUACAUCCUGCUGAACGUCUUCUUGGCUAUCGCCGUCGACAAUCUCGCCGAUGCCGAAUCGCUAACAGCCAUUGAGAAGGAAGCUGAAGAAGAAGCAGAGAAAAACAAAUCUCACAGUGGUUCUCCGGCACGUGAUGAAAUGAGUGGCGACGGAGGAGAGGACGGAGGCGAUCUAACGGGAGGCGAAGACGAAGGCGAGGGCACCGAUCUCGAGCAGGAUCCUAACGAAACAAUGGACGAUUAUGAAGUCGCCAUGGACGAAGAGAUGUCAAAGGACGGUGAGGAAUCAAAUCGUCAUGGAAAGGUACGAUUAAACAUCGAUUCGGACGACGAAGAUUUGGACCACGGAAUGGAGGACGAAGAGGACGAGGAGGGUGAUGGGCACAUGAACGAUGACGGUGGCGAAGGAAUAUCGGCAAGACCACGUCGGAUGUCGGAGUACAAACAAGGAGGAACGGAAAAGCAACCGAUUCCUCCGGGCUCUUCUUUUUUUAUAUUCUCUCAGACGAGUCGAUUCCGAGUGUUUUGUCAUUGGCUGUGCAACCACAGUCAUUUCGGAAACGUUAUACUCGUUUGUAUAAUGGUGUCAUCGGCUAUGCUGGCUGCUGAAGAUCCUCUCAGAGCUACGUCGUACAGAAAUCAGAUAUUAAAUUCCUUCGAUUAUUUCUUCACGACGGUAUUUACGAUCGAAAUACUCUUGAAAAUGGUAUCGUACGGUUUCGUGUUGCACGAUGGAGCAUUCUGCCGAUCAGCGUUCAAUCUUCUCGAUCUUCUCGUCGUUUGCGUCUCUCUCAUCUCGAUGGUCUGGAGGGCCCUUUCCCCUAGGUCUAACGCUAUAUCGAUAGUCAAGAUUCUUCGAGUUCUUCGUGUACUUCGACCAUUGCGUGCCAUCAAUAGGGCCAAAGGCCUCAAGCACGUAGUACAGUGCGUCAUCGUAGCGAUAAAGACUAUCGGAAACAUAGUCCUCGUCACCAGCCUGCUGCAGUUCGUGUUCGCCGUCAUUGGCGUGCAGCUCUUCAAGUACGUGGUGAAAUGUGUGAUUGUCGCCAUUAAAACGAUCGGCAACAUUAUGUUGGUCACCUACCUUCUUCAGUUCAUGUUCGCUGUUAUCGGGGUACAGCUCUUUAAGGGCAAGUUUUUCGCUUGCAACGACGAGUCCAAAGUCACCGAAGCCGAAUGCCGAGGGACGUAUUUGGUAUUUGAAGACGGCAAUAUAAAUAGACCGGUGAUGAAAGGUCGAGCAUGGAAGAGAAACGAUUUCCACUUCGACGACGUAGCCAAAGCGAUGCUCACGCUCUUCACGGUGUCCACGUUCGAGGGUUGGCCGAGCCUGUUAUACGUCUCGAUUGACUCGAAUCGUGAGAACUACGGUCCAAUUCACAAUUUCCGACCGAUAGUCGCGGCGUAUUACAUCAUCUACAUAAUCAUCAUUGCAUUCUUCAUGGUCAACAUAUUCGUCGGUUUCGUCAUUGUUACGUUCCAGAACGAGGGAGAACAGGAGUACAAAAAUUGUGAGCUCGACAAAAAUCAGCGUAACUGCAUCGAAUUUGCACUAAAGGCAAAACCAGUGAGACGCUACAUACCGAAGCACCGUAUACAGUACAAAGUGUGGUGGUUCGUUACGUCACAGCCCUUCGAGUACACGAUAUUCACCCUUAUUAUAAUAAACACGAUUACACUCGCGAUGAAGUUCUACAAUCAGCCGGAUCCCUACACCCACGCACUCGACGUCUUGAACAUGAUAUUCACUGCAGUCUUCGCUCUGGAAUUCGUCUUCAAACUCGCAGCUUUUAGAUUCAAGAACUAUUUCGGCGACGCUUGGAACGUUUUUGAUUUCAUCAUUGUUCUUGGUAGCUUCAUCGACAUUGUCUAUUCCGAAGUUAACGCACGGGUGCAUGCCAAGGCGGGAGGUGCACUCCCAACGAACGUUCAAAAACCUGGCUCCAAUAUUAUUUCCAUCAACUUCUUCAGGCUCUUUCGAGUUAUGCGUCUCGUGAAAUUGUUGAGCAGAGGCGAGGGCAUCCGAACUUUGUUAUGGACCUUCAUUAAGUCUUUCCAGGCCCUCCCCUACGUCGCUCUUCUCAUUGUAAUGCUGUUCUUCAUCUACGCCGUAAUCGGAAUGCAGGUUUUUGGAAAAAUUGUCCUCGACGACGACACUGCGAUUCAUCGCAACAACAACUUCCAAACUUUUCCUCAAGCUGUUCUCGUGCUCUUCAGAUCCGCGACAGGUGAAUCUUGGCAGAAUAUUAUGCUCGCCUGCUCCUCGAGGCCUGGCAAAGUAAAGUGCGAUCCGAAGAGCGACGACGAGAAUAAUCCUGCAGGCUGCGGCAACGACAUUGCUUUCCCAUACUUCAUUUCCUUCUACGUGCUAUGCUCGUUCCUCAUCAUAAAUUUAUUCGUCGCCGUAAUCAUGGACAACUUCGAUUACUUAACGAGAGAUUGGUCCAUUCUCGGACCCCACCAUCUCGACGAAUUUAUACGUUUAUGGUCCGAGUACGAUCCAGACGCAAAGGGACGUAUAAAGCACUUGGACGUUGUGACACUGCUACGGAAAAUUUCACCGCCCUUGGGAUUCGGUAAACUCUGUCCACAUCGCGUUGCCUGCAAGAGACUCGUUUCUAUGAAUAUGCCCCUGAACAGCGAUGGCACAGUUCUCUUCAAUGCGACGCUUUUUGCGGUCGUUAGAACUUCCCUUCGCAUCAAAACUGAGGGCAAUAUUGACGAGUGCAACGCCUCCUUGAGGGCUGUUAUCAAGAAAAUAUGGAAGAGAACGAGUCCCAAAUUACUUGAUCAAGUUGUACCGCCUCCGGGAGGUGACGACGAGGUAACAGUCGGCAAGUUUUACGCGACAUUCCUCAUACAGGACUACUUCCGGAGAUUCAAAAAGCGCAAAGAGCAGGAAAUGAAGGACGGCGACAAAGACUGCCAAAACACAGUGACACUGCAAGCGGGAUUGCGAACCCUUCACGAGGCCGGUCCGGAAUUGAAACGUGCUAUCUCAGGAAACUUGGAAGAAUUACUCGACGAUAAUCCCGAGCCAAUGCACAGGAGGAAUCACUCUCUUUUUGGAAGUGUGUGGUCGAGCAUGCGAAGGGGUCAUCAACAUUUCCACAGAGCUAAAUCCCUCAAGACGAGCGCCAACAACGCCCCAAAAGCGUCGCCAACAAACUCGAUCGACUUUUUGCCGUACUCUUCGUUACAGCGAGCCGGUGUGCUCGAUGGAGGCAAUUCUGUCACUGCAAGAUCACACCAAGUUGUGCCAAACGUAGCGGGGGGUUUGAGUGACAGUGCCAUGAAUCAGCUAGUGAUGGACUCACGGCUGAGUGGUCUCGAGGAGAACAUUCCUCUCCGACCACUCGCGGUUUUCGCUGAUUCGAGACUCCAACCGUCCAACAUUCAGAAUCCUUACAAAGUCCUUGAUCUUCAGGACGGAAUCGAGCGGCAGUUGACACCCCCCACUCCACCACCACGGAGGAACCUACCAGGGUCAACAACAGCGACCACCACAGCAACAACGAGUCAACCGUCGACGACUACGACAGCGACAAGCACAACUUCAACAACUACAUCAACAAGCGCAACAACAACACCUGCAGCAUCGUCCGGCGGAACAAUCGCACUCACAACAACCGAACGUAACGAUACGAGCACCGACUCAACGACAAGCCUCAGUCCAAGCCCGAGCUUCGGUUCUUCCUCCAACAGCGCCGCCUGUUAUUAUUCGUAUGCGUCACGAGGCUGCUGCGUUGACUUAGUCGCCUGGGGUCAUCAGCACGCAGCGUUGGAGGACGAAGAGGCAGACACGUCACCGGAAGAAGGUGGCUGUUCGAGCGCCUCAGGGAAGCGCAACAAGUGGCGAAAACGUACGAAAAAGAGCAAAACGACAUUUUCAAACGGUACGAAGGGCGUAGCUGCUCUUGCACCGUCGACAAGAUACAGUGCAACUGGUGGCGGGAGCUCGGGACCGCUCGAGAGAAUCUCGUCGAAAACACGAAAAAGACGAGACCACACGGGCGAGGGGGGAAAAGCGAUUACGAGCCGAGGAGUCGAUCCUACCGGCGGGAGAAACCCCAACAAUGGCGAUCGGAGCAUCGCCAACGGUCUCAAACUUGCCCAGACUCAGGCGAUCGCCGUUGCCGGAUAUCUCGCCGAUGUCGACACGAGGCAAUGGCGGGGCUGCGAAUCCUGCUUCUCUCACAGGGCUUCUUUCCACGGCAGAGUUUCCUGGGCCGGCGAGAGUAACGGGGGCGUCGGAACAGAACGAUUGUCUCACAGUUUGCCGGGCAGUCCGGCCGAUCGAAAACCUAAUUUCGAAGUCAUCGGUAGCGCUGAAAGUCUCGUCGGUCGGGUACUGGUAGAGCAAGGCCUCGGGAAAUAUUGCGAUCCUGAUUUCGUGAAAUAUACAUCGAGAGAGAUGCAAGAGGCCCUUGACAUGACGAGGGAGGAGAUGGAUCGUGCUGCGCAUCAGUUAUUGCUGCAAGAGAGACGCGGUCACCCGUUGACUUUCCAGCUGCAACAGAGCAUGGAUCAGCACUGGAACGAGUCGAAUCAACAGCAAGGCCCGAGAGAGAUAGCUUAUCAGCAACUGCGUGAGCCGCUCUCGUUCGAGCAACAACAGCAACAGCAACAUCAACAUCAACAGCAACAACAGCAGUACCGUCAUCAACAGCCGCCAUCUUAGCGACGUGAGUGACGCUGAUGGCGUCCUCUCUCGUACAAAAAUUAGUUAAAGUUCAAUCGUCUGUAUCGAAAAAAAAAAAAAAAAAGAAAUUUUUAACACCGUGAAUCGUUCAUUUCAACAAUUUAACAAACACAAAUCGAUCGCGUAUUCAAAUCUUAUUAAAAAAAUUAUCUAAAUACGUGUGUGCGUGUGUGUAUUCGUAUAAAAAAUUUAUAUAAAUACACAGACGAGAAUAGAAGAAAAAAAAACCCUAAAUUUUGUACAUGUUGUAUAAAAAUUCUGUUAUUCCUAUAAACGCAGUCGAAAUGCACUCAUUCAAUUAUAUACGUAAUGUACCAUUUAUUCUAUAAUCAUAAAUACGUCAUGUACAUAACUAAGCAGUUUCACACAUACGAUUUUCAAUAAUUUACAUUUUAAUUCUGGACGUGAUUCCGAGAUGAGGUUUUUCAUCGUAAUACCAUCGGAUCUUAUUAUCGAAAUUGAUCGAGUGGCCCAAUUUUAUCACGUAUACGAUCCAAACGGUUGAAGAUAAGGCAAAAGUGCACAGGACCAAUAUUGUAGAGCGGAAAAUUUUCUACUGAAAAGUCCGCACUCGCGUAUCUCUCUCUUCAGUAUCUUCAGCAUCAAAGCCGAUUGACGAGACUCGUCAGGAGGGAGCUCGAUUGGUUAUUCAAUCCAAAAUCCCGUCCAUUAUUAAAGUUUCAAUUAUUGCCGAUCCAAUAAGAAACGCUCUGUACAGAUGUAUAAGUGUAUAUGUAAACGUGGAUUAUUUCAUGCCCAUUUCUCCGCUCACUUUCGUCCGAAAAAAAGCUCAAAUUCUUCAGCAAAUGAAAUUUCAAGCCACGACAUUUUUCUCUCAAAUGCCAUGAAAAAAAGCCCGAAAAAGAGAACGAAAAGAAAUAGAAAAACGGCGACGCACAAUUGUCCCACAUUCAAAUCAUUUUUCGACGAUGAAAAACAUUGAAAAUACUAAAAAAACACGUGUCAAACAUUUUUACUUUAAAAAAAAAAAAAAAGGUGAAAGACUAUUUUGUCCGAGCGUGCAUGAAAUAUCUCGUAAAUAUACAUGAAUACAUAAGUACGUGCACGCAUGAAUUUCUUUUUUAAAAGGACACGUCGAAGAUUUUUUUUCCCGGCGUGUUAUGAAUCGGCAUCGAAGCGAGAUGCGACAAGUAUCAUAACAAAACUCAAAUUUCAUAUUAAUUGUACAGAGAUAAAAGAAGCAAAAAAGCCCAGUGAAAAAUAGCGAGUUUCGAAAAUAAAUAAAACGACGAAUUCUUUGCUUCUUCCAAAUUUCCUUUCUAUCUAAAGUUCGUUGACGAAUUUCUAUGUAUCAAAUUUUCCUGCAAAAGUGGAGGAAGCAUGAAAUAAACGGAACCGUUGUCGGAUCGAGAGAUUGAUUAUUAUAUUAUCGCGCGAUAUAGAAACAUCUCGUGAGCCAUUAGAAAAAAAGAAAGAAAGUUUAAAACAGACAGAGAACCGACGCGAAAUAACGUCGCCCAUUUCUACUGUACGUAUAAAUAAAUUAAUGAAUAACGGUGUAGCCGUUGUGACUACGAAAAGUAGUGUCGACGCACCCAUUUGUUUCUAGAAUCACGUUUAUUAUUGAAUGCUUCAAUAAUUAUUGUCGAGUUUGUGUCGACCUCAUAUUAUAAAACAUUAUUGUCAUUAGUGUUAUUAUUCAUUGUUAUUACUUCAUCAUUAUUACUAUUAUUAUUAUUAUUGACUGUAACGAAGAUUUUAAGGAGAAAUAACAAGUGCCUAAGUAUCUAUAAUAACUUAUUUUGGACCAGAGAAAAUCUUUAUUAAUAAAUCAUACAAAUACAUAUACAUAUAUAUAUAUGUAUAUAUGUAUAUGUAUUUGUAUGAAGAUACACAUUAAUGUAUAAAUACAUAAGUACAUACGUGUGUGCGUGUGUGUGUGCGUGUGUGUUCGAGGUACAUUGUACUACGAUUAAUUAAUAGCUCGACACGUGGACGCGAUUGUAUCAAAAUAAUACAGUUGAGAACCAUGUGAAUUUCUGGGCAACGUUAAGACUCGUAGCACGGAGUUGCAUCGAUUGAAAUAUUUCGGUAAUGCAUUAUCUGUUCUGACGAUUAACGGCAAUGGACUCAACAGUAAUUUUAUUAGUCUAUGCGUAUGUACGAGUCGAGUGGGUUCGACAAUUCAUCGUUGAUUGCUACUUGAUUAAAUGUUUCGCUCGUUUUUUUUUACACUUUCAUUUAUUGGCUUACUUUCCAAGGCUUUACUUUUUCGAGCUCGCGUCAUCAAUGGAAGUAUCGAGGUAUCUUGAGUAGUUUGACAAAAUUAAAAAGUUUAUUUUUCAAAACGAAAUUCAAUCGGAGUUUCAGAAAUCGUUUAUAAAAGAAUCUAAGAUUCGAAAUAUUUACACUUUCACGCGAGUUUAUCGGAAUUGUACAUCACCGUUUAUGAGCGAACAAUAAUUAUCGUUUUGUGCGUCGCAACGGUUAAUGCAUUAUGUAUAUACCUUACUAUUUUGACAGUUAUGAUGUAUCAAAAGAGGCACGCAAGGAAAAAAGGCCUUCUUUGCUUUCUCGAAUGAAACACUUCGCAUUAAAAUACACAACUGUUGCAUACGUAAUGAAGAGGUUAAAACAAAAUGACACUUCGAAACCACCACUCACUGUAUUUGUUUACACGCAUUAUCGUACUCUUUGCUUUGUCGCAUCUUCGCCAGUCGGCUACCGCCAAACAAACAUGAUUAAAGUAAAAAAAAAAAAAAAAAUCAUUAGCCGCGGUUGAAAUUCUGAGUGUGAUGAUGUUUAACCUCCUCUUUUUACUUAUGCAAAAGCUGGAUCUUUCGAUCAAAGUGUCCCUUCCGGAAGAGUAUUCGAAAAAAAAAUUGAAAAGAGAAAAAAAUCCUAGGUGAGAGGUGAAUAGUGAACAGACAAAUCUUCACGAAUUUGAUUGCAUCAGGGUACACUGAUGUGUUGCCCACCGCGUGGAAAACCGCUUGAUUUUCCACCUUGUUUGUCACGAGAAUGAACGAAUUCUCGUAAAAGAUCCUUGUCGCAAAAAAGGUCUGGAAAUUUUUCGGAAUUGAAAGUUCGACGAGUUGGUCGAAUUCUCUUUCCCAAUGGCUGACUCGAUAUUGUGUACAGUGUCGAGAGAUUUUACUUGGACGAAUUUUGAGAAAAAAAUAAUGGUAAAGAGGGAUAAAAAUAGAGUACGAAAAAGCGUAAGAAUCAUUAGGAAACAUAAUUAUAUACACUCAAUUUUAACGUAAUUGCUUUUCGACGUUGUCCUUCUUGAACUUUACGAUGUAUUAUCUAUGAUGUCUUUUUAUACUAUUGUAAAAAGUGUUUACAACUUAGCGAUGAAGGAGCGAGCAAACAGAGAACUAAUUGUUCGUGGCGUAAGACUAAAAUACGAGGGUACGACCGGAGCGCGGCGGCGAUAGCACGAACUAAAAAACAGUGAAACGCCCUCUCGUGCAAAUUGUAUAAUACUGUGAUUAGUAAGGAAUAAAAAUUAUAUAGGUGAAGAGAAAAAAGCACGAACCACCGCGUCGGGCCCUAGAAAAAAAAUAUAUAUGAAAGAUUAAAAACAAAGUGAUUGAUUUCAUUAUUAUUUGGCAUUUACGAAAGAAAAAACGCGCUACAUAUGCACAUUAUACACCGUUUGAAUUUGGUUUUCAAUACAUCGCGCACCAACCGUCGAGAUGUUGAGCCAAAAAUUACGAAAACAAAGAAAGACUAUUUCAAGUACCGAUGGCAUACGUUGAAUUGAUUGAGCUCGUCUUUUCGUCCUCCCUCAAAUUCUUUUCUUGCCUCUUUCCCUUAUAACAAGAAAAAAACAUACUUGACAAAGAAGUAUAAAAAAAAAUCAACCGACCAAAUAUCACUGACGAGUGCCUGAUUGUCCACGACAUUGUACUUAUUUCCCUGACCCAAUUUGUAUUAUUACGCGUGUACACGCAUGAGUACUUCAUGUAUUUACUGCAAUACACGAUUAUUAUACCGAAUACACGAUGUGAACGACAGAGACCGCGAAAAUAAAGUAGCAUCUUUUUCCAACGACGUAUAGAAAAUAAAUUAAGCAUAAAAAAGAAAAGAAAAAGAGAAAGAAAAGCACAGACUUGUUGUAAAAGUCGCUCGGUCAUGUUUGCGCACAAUGAGUAUAUGGAGAACGCAUCGAUGAAAAAGCCAAAAACGUUGGAGAAAUUUUUCAUGUAAAUUGGAAAUGAACAUUGUGAAAGAAAAAUACAAACAGGAAAGCGUGCGAAAGCCCUGGUUGAAUUUUGGGCCGGUAACCUCAAAAAACCACCGCGUGUUGAUGAAAAAUUUAUAACGAAUCUGCGAACUUGAAUUUGCGGUCAAUAAUUUACACAUAUUUUCUUAUAUUAGCAAAUAUUGUUAUAUCCGCAUACGCGUUUAUAUGUGCGCUCACGAAGCGAUGUAAAAAUAAAAAUGAAGAUUAAGAAAUUGAGAAGAGGGAAAAAAUAAGGAAGAGACGGACAAAAAGUAAAUAUUCGCGUGACAAAACUGUUCAGCUUAGAUUAAUGUAAAUAGGCGAAUUUACAUACUACCGUAAUUUAUGGGACUUUUAGCAAAUUUUUCGAUUUAUUUGAUACUUAUCAAGCGAACGAACGAGAGAAAGAAAAAGUAAAAAAAAUCUUCCGAUCAAAACAUAUGGGGAGAUUGUAACAUGCGUUAAUAAUUCGUUCGAUGAGUAUUUAUAUACAGAGCAAUGUAUAUGCAAUGUACAUUUUAUUCGAAACUAUAUAUACUAAUAAUAUCGUUCCAUUUAUCCUUUUGCACAAAUUAAUAACGAUGAAAAUUCCGAAAUUAUUAUAUAUAAAACGUCAAAACAGGCUAUUCUGUCGUGGCAAUGAACGAGAAAACGAAGGAACAAGAACUGAAAUGUAUAAAAAGUGUGAAACAAAAGAAACCUCAAAUGUGAGAGGAGAACAACGUGAAAGUGUGUGAAAAGCAAUGAUUCUGCCAAAUAGACGGUUUAACACGAAA